AUGAAAGGUCCCUAUGCUCUAUUAUUCAUCACUUCAAUCCUUUUGCUUUCGUUUUCAUCAGUAACUUCAGCUUCAGCUGAUGUCGACGCUUUUCUCCAAUGCCUUCGCAAACAAUAUUCCAAUUACAGCAAUUCCAAACCAAUCACCGAUGCCAUAUACACUCCCAACAAUUCCUCUUUUCAAUCGAUUUAUGAGUUACGCACAAAUAACCUUAGAAGCUUAUAUUCGGCAACCUUGAAACCAGUGGCCAUUGUAACAGCCUUACAUGAAUCUCACGCUCAAGCAACUGUCGUUUGUGCAAAGCGACAUGGCUUCCAAGUAAGAAUUCGAAGUGGCGGUCAUGAUUUUGAAGGCCUAUCAUUUGUAUCAAACGUCCCAUUUGUCAUUCUUGAUCUGUUUAAUCUUCGGUCCAUACACAUUGAUAUGUCAAGCGAAACGGCAUGGGUUCAGGCAGGGGCCACCACUGGCGAACUAUAUUAUCGUAUAUCAGAGAAAAGUAGAGUUCAUGGCUUCCCAGCUGGAGUUUGCAUUACUCUUGGCAUUGGAGGACACUUCAGCGGAGGCGGCUAUGGAGCCAUGAUGAGAAAAUAUGGCCUUUCAAUAGAUAAUGUCCUUGAUGCCCAAUUGGUUGAUGCCAAUGGUCGAAUACUUAACAGAAAGUCAAUGGGAGAAGACGUGUUUUGGGCAAUCCGAGGAGGUGGAGGAACUAGUUUUGGAAUCAUUCUUUCAUGGAAGAUCAAGCUGGUUCCUAUUCCUCCUAAGGUUACUGUUUUCAAGGUGCAAAGGACUUUGGAACAAGGCGCAACAGAUCUUACUUAUCGCUGGCAACAAGUUGCCCAUAAACUACCUCAAGAUCUUUUCAUCAGACUGGAGGUUAGGCCUUUAAUCGGACCUGGCAAAGGCAACAAAACCAUACAAGUUACUUUCAUUGGCCAUUUUCUUGGACAAACGGAUGGACUUGUUCAACUGGUGAAGGCAAACUUACCCGCAUUGGAUUUGCAGCCUAGUGACUGCUUAGAAAUGAGUUGGGUUGAAUCCAUUCUUUUCUGGGCCGGAUUCCCCAAUGGAACAUCCACUGACGUCUUACUCAAAAAUAGAGUGCAAACGAACAAAGUCUUCUACAAAACCAAGUCCGAUUACUUCAAACAAGUUAUACCUAAGGCAGGCUUGGAAACCUUAUGGAAUUUACUGAUGAACAUCAAGCAUAUUUUCGUCCAACUCAAUCCUUAUGGUGGAAGAAUGGCAGAGAUUUCAGAGGAUCAAACGCCAUUUCCGCAUAGAGCUGGGAACUUAUUCAAAGUACAGUACACAGUGGUAUGGUCGGAUGCUGAAGGAGGCAUCAACGCUACAGAGCGGUACUUGGAAUGGUCAAGAACACUGUACAAUGCUAUGUCUCCGUACGCCUCCAAGUUCCCGAGGGAGGCAUUUCUCAACUACAGAGAUCUUGACGUUGGUAGCAAUGACAGCAACAAUACAGAUUUCGCUGUUGCCAUGGUUUAUGGGGCUAAGUUUUUCAAAGCCAAUUUCCAGAGAUUGGUACGUGCGAAAACCAUAAUAGACUCUCACAAUUUCUUCAAAAAUGAACAAAGCAUUCCCCCAUUUCCAUCCCAUAAGUUCAAAUGA